AUGAACGUCGACAUCGAAAAGGUCGCCUCGGCCCCAUCACCGCCACCACCAGCAGCACCAUCAUCAUCACAUCCCAACACCAAAGAAACGAAACUCACAACAGCCCAAGAUGCAGACCUAUCAGACAGCUCCGACCUCGACUCCCCAACAACAACACCAGACGAAGAAGAAGAAGAAGAAGAAGAAGAAGAAGAAUUCAUCCCCCCCGACGGCGGUCUAACCGCCUGGUCCCAAGUCCUCGCCGCCUGCCUAAUCAACAUGCUCGCCUGGGGCUACCCAACCGCCUUUGGCGUCUACCAGCUCCACUACCGCGACACCCUCCGCCUCCCCGAAGCCCAAGUCUCCUGGAUCGGCUCCCUCCAAGUCUUCCUCGCCUUUGCCCUCUGCAUCUUCUCCGGCCGCCUCGCCGACGCGGGGUACAUCAAGUCGACCAUCAUCGCCGGGACGUUCCUCGUCGUCUUUGGGACCUUUAUGACGAGUUUAUGUAAAGAGUACUGGCAGAUUUUCCUGGCUCAGGGGUUGUGCACGGGGUUGGGGUUGGGGAUUAUUUUCAUGCCGCCGCUGUCGGUGGUGAACAGUUACUUCAAGAGGAAAAAGGCGUUGGCGCUGGCGAUUUCGGCUACCGGGACGGGGUUGGGGAGUGUGGUUUUUCCGGCGGUGAUUCAGUAUUUGAUUCCAAAGGUUGGGUUUGCCUGGGCGGUGAGGUGCGCGGGGUUUGUGGCGUUGGGGAUUUCGGUUGUGAGUGUGGUGUUGCUGAGGCCGGUGUUGAAGCCGAGGAGGAGCGGGCCGGUGUUUGAGUGGGAUGCUUUCAGGGAGGGGCCGUAUUUGUUGUUUACGCUGGGGGCGUUUUUGUUUUUUUGGGCGUUGUUUUUCGGGAGCUUCUUUGUGAGUAGUCUGAGGAUGGAACGAAAUGAUAGAUGGCUAAUGUGGGAACAGAUUAAUGCGUUUGCGAGGAACAUUGUUGGGUUCUCGACGACGGACUCGGUGCAGUUGUUGCUCAUCACGAACGGGAUGAGUGUUGUCGCGAGGCCUAUCACGGGGUAUUUGGCUGAUAACUAUAUUGGUCCGAUCAACAUGCAUGCCUUCCAGAUGUUUCUGCUGGGGUGUAUGUUUUUCUUUUGGCUGGCGGUGGACUCUGCUACGGGGCUUUAUGUGUUUGCCAUCUUUCUUGGUUUCGCGAUGGGAGCGGCCCAGGGUGUGUUUGGUGGUGCGCUUGCCAGUCUCUUGAAGGAUCCAAGAAAGAUGGGAACGCGGUUCGGCAUGGUCUGCACUCUUUGCGCGUUUUCUUCGCUGGCUGGACCACCAACUGCUGGUGCUAUCAUCGACAGGUCAAAUGGGACAUAUACAUGGGCUUGUGUUUGGGCUGGGACGGUGGUGGUGUUGGCUUCGUUCACGAUCAUGUCCGCGAGGAUAGCUGUGACGGGGUUUAAGCUGGCUGUUAAGAUUUGA